UACUAGUGCUUAGUCAGUAGCAGUGGUUACUUCGGUUUGUUUUGUAAAAUGCAAAUUGUACGUGUAAAAGAGAAAAAGAACUAAAUUAUAUCAAGUCAUUUCUAAAAUUUUAGGCAUUUUACAAAAUAUGUUUACUUAAAAAUGACGAAAUUUUAUUCACAUAUUUUAAUUAUUUCUCUUUAUAUAUUAGUGACUAUCGGUUCUAUUAAUGGAAACAACGUUAUGCUAAAUGAUGAAUCAGGUCUCACUUCUAAUAUUUUCAUCGGUAACACGAAUUGCAAUGAAUCCAGCCAUUGUACCCCGUCGAAUUUUUCGAGUUUUAACAGUCAACAAGAAAGAAAUCUCUCAAUUUCGACACCUCUAAAAUUGGCAGAAUCAACAGUUACAAAAAUAAAGAAUCCACAAGAAGCCGACGAUGGGAAAAUCAAACAUAAAAAUAUCACGACGUCCUCCACUCGAAAUUCAGGAAUGCCGUUCCUCGAAAUCCCCAAAGGAGACGAUAUGCGCAUUCAAGAAUUAAAACUGGAUGAAGAGUACUUGAUAUUCGGAGCGUUCUCGACUCUAAUGGGAUUUUUACAACCGACUGGAUUUCCAUCAGAUUUGCUACGCCAAAUCCUUAACAACCGAAUGCCUCCAUAUCUAGUGGCUUUACAGAUACUUAAAAUGGAUAUCAUAGUUGUUGUCUGGAUCAUAAUUUGGGCCGUAUUAUCGCUAUGUCUCCCAAUUGCCGUAGCGGCCCAAUUGUGCUGUGCGAAUGGUAGUCAGCGACUGGACGAGGACUACUCGAUUGGUCCGUUCGCUUCUGCCGAGAAAUGUACGAAGAGAUUUCUGGAAUAUUCACUUCAUAUCCUGCUGUUUUUAUUAAUUCUUGCAAUUGCCGUGAUUUUGGCAGCAAAUGAACAAAUUUCCAGAUCAACGUCGAAGUCUCCGCUAUCGACAAACAUCGUUUAUGAGGAUAUCAACACCUUCUUUCGCAACACUCACAUGCAAAUUUCCUUUGUCGUGACCUCUUCGACGGACAUUGCCAUCGAAGACAUCAGAGAAGAUAUGGAGGCUGUUGUUGAUCUUCUUGGACAGCCAUACCAACAGGAACUAGCUUUGGAAGUUGGAAUUGACUUAGCUUUAAUAGAGCUCGAGGAACUCAAAUUAAGUUCUUACAAAGUUACAUCUCUAGUGUCUGCUCUAUUGGAAGACUGUGCUGCUGCAAAGAUUGCGGGAGUUAUACUACAAGAAAAGUUAAAUGAGAUUUCUCUUCAAUUAACCAUAGCAAGACAGCAAUGCGAUUUAAAAGAUAGGACUUUGUGCUACACAUUGCAACAUUCUGGCUUUGAAGUUUCAUUUUCUAUGGAUAAUUUGACAAGUGACCCCAAAAUAAGGCAUUUGGAUACAUUGGCACGAGAGGACAACUUCAAUGGCAGCAUAGAAGCGGCUCGCAAAAGUUUUGCGUCAGUUCCAGAUCAAGUCGCCUUGGAGACAACUUCCUACAUAACAGAGGCAAGGGCCAUUCUGAACAGGAAAAGAACUGAAGUGUACAAAUCAACUCAUGCUUUGGACGUCCUGAUGAGGUCCCUGUCAGAAACACUACGUCUCAGUCAAGAAUCAGUUCUGACGGUCGUCCACAAAAUAGUAGAUUUCGAUUUUUGGAGAUGGAUUAUUGUUCUGGGAAUUUCCUCAUCAAUGUUUGUUGUAUGGGGACUUCUGUUAUGCGGAGCACCAUGUGGGUGUGGAAUAACGUCUAGAACAGUGCCUUUUUUAUUUGCAGGUAUUGGUAUUUCCUGCUUCGUUGUUAUUUUUAUUUGGGCACUGGGAUCUUUUUCUGUAUUUAUUGGUGGUCACAGUCAGAGUUUUGUAUGUAAUACCAUGUACGAUGCACCAGAUUAUAAUGUUCUUGGAGAGUUGUUUGACUCCGACGGUGUCAUCUUUAAAGAAGGAUUAUUUUCGGAGUUUAGUAGUAAAGAAAAUGAUACUUUACAUGUUGCAGACGCUAUUAAGCAAUGUCAAAGGGAUUACCCCGUUUACCAAACGUUUCACCUAAAUAACACGAUAAAUAUUGACAAUAUUGUAAACUACAAACAGUGGGAGGACUUGACAGUUCUAUUUUCGAAUCUCAGUCACGGAGAAUGUUCGUUGGAGAUUUUAAGCCCCUCGUUACAGCUUAACUUACAGGGUUUAUCAAGUGCAUCAUCUCUUAAUUUAACGUACUACAGAUUACAAAGUUCAGGACCAGUUACAAAAAGGGACCUAAACUCCUUUGCCGACCAAUUAAAUACCGUCGCCCGGCAGUUAUCAGAUGCGGGCAGUGCCAGAAAAUUCGACAAUCUUGCGUUUUCCGUAAGAAAAACCUUCCAAAGCGAAGUAAAACGGCUAAUCGAAAUUAGAAAUACGAUUAUGUACAAAAUAACUACAUUAGAGGUAUUAUUACCUCCUCUUAACCAAAAGAUCAAUGACUCUUUGGAGAAUUUGAAGAAUAUACAGUUCUUUUUGGAUACUAAAGGAUCAGAAGUAGCAAAUAAGGUUAGAACACAAUUUAUCAGCCGCCUUAUUAGCUACUUAGAGGACUUAUACAGUUACGCCAAAAGGAAAAUUUCUAAGGAAAUAGGAAAAUGUCGUCCCCUUUGGGAAAUUUUUCACUCGAGUCGAGUCUACGCUUGCAAAUUAAUUGUGGACCCGCUGAAUGCAAUCGCCUUUUCGAGCUUCCUUGUAAUUAUCAUUUUCCUGACAAUGGCUCCGAUUGUUCUAAACUUGGUUCAACAUUACAGACAAUUCGACGGUGAUUUAUCUUCGUUUUCUCCGAGUAACGGUCUACUUGAUGAAGAGAGCGCCUGGGCUUCUCCGGCUUCGGGAACUCCGCCCGAAAUACAAUUAGUCGAAACUUCGCCACCUGCGUUCAGGGAAAGGCCUACGAUUUCGACAUGGACUAGCCCUUCUCCGCCUAGACAAUCGCAUUCCCGUGCUAGAAUACCUUCUCCACCUAGACUUCCCACAAUUUCAUCUCAAGUGCAAUCACCCAGGAAACUGUCCGCGCUAACCUCAAGGAUUUCAAAAGCAAGCAGACAGAUCACUCAGAUGGCAAUAACUGGAUCGAGGUCACCAAGAAGAGGAAGACGUAACCAUGAAUCCUUAAAAUUGGUGGAACCAAUCUGCUGGAAAGUUGGAUCGACAACUCCAAAAAGCUGGAUUUAAAAAUCACAAACUGUUCUCCUGCCGUUAAGGAAUCAAGAAAAUAUUGAGGAAAUUUUGAAUGUAAAUGCAAUUAAAAAAUGUCUUAAAAUAAAAUAACAAUUAAAAAGUG